AGAAAGAAUACCAUUAAGGGUUUGAAAAUGGACACCAGCACAAAGAAGUAAACGAGGAAGACCACGAAGGAAAUGGAUUUCAAACAUCCAUACCGCAAUGGAAAGUAGAGGACUACAUGAAGGAGACUGGAACGAUAGGAUACGAUGGCGUAUGGGUUGCGAGAAGCGACCUUAGGUUGCAGAAACUCGCCAUAUAUAUAUAUAGAGAACCUGGGAGGUCAAGAUUGUUCCUCCAGCGAUUCAUUUAGAAAUUCCCUAGCACGAAUGCUUAAAUGUGCAGGAGCACCACAUGCACCACAUUUCUACUCUUAGUAAGAGGUACAUCGUCGAGCAAAAUUGGCAAACCGUUUUCAAGAAAGUGUCGAUAGGAUAGUCCGUCGAGUUAUUCUGGAAGGAAGAACGGUUAAUUAUCAACAAGUAUUUUCAAAAUAAAAAAUGGGAAACAUCAAGCAUUACCUAAAUUUUCCUACUACUUUUCUCUGGAUAUUCUGGUGCACCUAGGACUCUCCCAGUUUCUUGUAGUCUUCUCGGAAUUUGUAAAUCUUGGCAUAGUUUACUAAUUUUCUCUUUAUUAUUGAUUAAAGAAACCUUCACAAUGUAAAAAUAAAACCGCAAAGAAAUCGAUCAUAUUAAUGUCAUUAUUUUAAAAACUAAACAGGGCACCAGCCCCCUGGUUUUCAUUUUUUAUGCAAAAAUGGUGCAUUGGAUGGAACAAAGUUGAAGACUCAAAUUUGUUGCAAAUUAAAUGAGGAUUUCAAAAAUACUACGUACCACAUUUUUUUGUGGUGCUUAGCAGGUGCAUGUCAAAUUUCAUGAAAAUAUCUAGAACACUACCUAUUAUGUUUUUCUUAAAACUUGAACACCCUGUAGCUCAAAAGUUAGUAGGCUUAGGACAUAUGUUCGUAUGAACUUUUCUUCCUAAAAUGAACUAAGGAAUUAUAUCCUGUCUUUUUUGGUCAUCGAUUAGAUUAGACAUACUGAAAAGUAGUGCUGCUGGUGGUAGCUGGCAUCCCGCCAAUUGAUUUGCUGACAGCGGAGAGAUGCGCACUGCAUAAAAAGGGCGCUUCACGAUGAACCUCUAUAUUUAUAGACUUCUUGUAUUUCUUCCCAUACCUUUUCUUUCAGCUAUUUGAUAUAGUCAAGGAACAGAAUCCGAAGGCCUUGGAUAAAGUAAAAUGUAUAGCAGGCGAUACGACAGAGCUAAAGUUAGGUAUAAGCGACGAAGACGAAAGGUUGAUCACGUCAAAGGUGAACAUCAUCUACCACGGGGCCGCAUCGGUUCGAUUUGACGAUCCUUUGCGAUCAGCGGUCAUCACGAAUAUCAGGAGCACCAGGGAGAUUGUAGAAUUGGCCUCGAAGUGUGCCAAACUGGAGGUGUUCAUGCAUAUCAGCACAGCCUACUGCAAUGUCGACUCGACUUACAUUGAGGAGGAGAUGUACCCGUCGCCGGUGCACUGGAAGGAUGCGAUAGAUCUAGCGGAAUCUGACAUGGAUCUAUCUGUGAUGACUGUCAAAUAUACAGAUCCUUGGCCAAAUACCUACACAUUUACGAAAAGAAUUGCGGAGCAUGUUACCGCAGACCUGUGUAAAGACAAAAUACCUGCCGUCAUAUUUAGGCCAUCUAUAAUUGUGCAUGCCGAUUCUGAACCGAUGCCUGGUUGGGUAGACAACAUGAAUGGUCCAUUUGCACUUGCUGUAGCGGGUCUUAUGGGAGUUGCAUGCAUCUUCUAUGCUAAAAAAGACAGCUACUUGGACUUUAUCAGCGUAGAUAAUGUCGUCAAAGGCAUGCUUGGCGCUACAUGGGAAACUGGCUUAAGAAAGGAUAAGAGUAAAAUUUCCAUCUACAAUGCAUGCUCGGAGCUGAAAUACAUGAUGCCUUGGUUCGCCUUAUUCCAGUACAAGGUAGGAACUAAAAUAUUUCUCGAGAAAACGCUAUGGAAAUUCACCGUUCAGAUUGCGCAAUGCUGGUAUUGGUACUACAUCAGGACUAUGUUACAUGUGGCUCUGAGCAUAGCUAUCGAUGGGAUUUUGAAGCUACAAGGAAGAAAGCCCAGGUUGCUGAAGCUAGUGAGGUUGAUCUACGUUGUCCAGCACGCGUUGACUUAUUUCAUGACGCACGCGUUCGUUUUCAACACGGAUAACUUCGACGGUCUGGACAAAAAGUACUUGGAAUGCGACAAAGAGGCGUUCAGACAGGUGGGAAGGCCAAAAUACAUGGAAGAACACUUCAGAAAGUUCUCUUACAACGCCUUAUUAGGAGUUAAACGAUUCGUAUUCAAGGAGAGAGAAAUGACCACAGAAGAAGCAAUCGCGAUGAAUGGAAGAUACCUGUUGGCGAAACAUGUCCUGAAUUAUACUCUCCUAGCGAUUUUCACCUAUUUCGUAGUUGUGACAUGGAUUUUAUGAGAAAACGCUCUAUUUGGAAUGCAACAUCUACGUAUUAUUUGCUUGUAACAUUUGAGUAUCGUGAAUAAAAAUUACUUGUACAAAUCCGUUUCAUAUCGUUAUUUUUCACUUCCCACUAAAUGCGUGAAUGUGCCGCAACUUGUGCCGCCAACAUCUCGAGGUCUGAUAGGCACUGAAGUUAAAUGAUCGGUGAGACACAGACUCC